UGGCUCAAAGGAGUCUGUGAGCGUCGUUCCUGAGGUGGGGCUUCGGUUAAGUGAGGAGCUUGUAUUGUUCCAAAUCUCAAACGGACAUGGCUCUCAACUCUCCACGCCAAACCCAUUUAUGUGCUUUUAAAACCAAAUAAUUCAUUCUAUUUCAAUCUAUUUCAUGCUGAAAUCGAUUCAGUUGUCUACUUCCGAUAAAUUCGUAUAAAAUAGUAGAAAUCAGGGGCCUAUUUCAUAACAUUUUGGUUAUGGGAACUCAUUCAGUCUCGUUUAUUUCUUGGAGAAUGAUUUCUAGAACUUCAUGAUAUCACGCCUAUAAUGGGUUUUUGAGAGCCAUUUCCUGGCUUUUCAGUUUAAAAUGGAGGAAAUCGGAGACCCAUUUUUUUUUUCAGAAAGCUUCUCGGUUUUAGGCUCUCAGUAAUGGCAAAAGAGCGCAGGAAGAGGAGGAAGAAGGAACCAGGCCUCCACUCACUUCUCCUUUCUUUCUCACCAUGAUGAGAUUUUUGACCAGGAGUUACUUACCAGCCUCCAAACCCCACAUCCUGGUAUGUGCCCACACCCUCAUUUUUUUCUCUUUCUACACCAAUGCCAUUAAAUCUUGUCUGAACCCACAACCCACUGAAACUCAACGUGUAUCAGGCACCAGUGAAACCCAACUCGUGCAAUUCAUUUUUAGAACGCUCAAUAAUAAUACCAGUGAUCUAAAACUUGGGUUUCGCAAGUUAUUGAAGUAUAAAUCUCUGAUUGUAAAACCAUCUAUUUUUUUAGGGGUUCUCAAUACUAUUCGUGAUCAACCUAAACUUGCUUUGCAUUUCUUUUACUGGACUGAGCGUCUCCCUGGAUUCGAAUGCUCUGCCAUUGUGUUGUGCUCCAUUCUUAAUAUUCUUGCUCAGUCAGGGCGAAUGAAAUCUGCGUAUCGUGUUAUUGAAAAUGUAAUUCAGCACAAUGGUGACAAACUACCUGAAUUUUUGAUGAAUGGGUUUGUUUGCUCGGAAUCCUCCAUUAAACUUCUUAAUGUACUUCUUUUGAUUUAUGCACAAAAAGGCAUGGUGGAACAAUCUGUAACAACUUUUUACAGCAUGGUGGGAAAUGGCUUCUUGCCUGAUGUUCGAAAUUGUAACCGUAUUCUUCGGAUGCUUAGAGAUGGGAAUUUGGUAGAUAAGGCUAGAGAGAUUUAUAGAGAGAUGAUAAGGGUUGGGAUCAGCCCCACUGUUGUCACUUUUAAUACACUUUUGGAUUCCUUUUGUAAAGAGGGUAAGGUUCAAGAGGCCCUUGAUCUUUUAUCAGAGAUGCAGGAGAAAGGGUGCAUGCCUAGUGAUGUUACUUAUAAUGUAUUGAUCAAUGGGUUAUCCAAGGUAGGCAAAAUGGACAAGGCUGUGGAGUUGGUUACAGAGAUGCAAAUUCAUGGGUUGGCUGUAUCCAAUUACACUUACAAUCCUUUGAUAUAUGGGUACUGCAUUGGAGGAAAUCUCAGAAAUGCUUUCAAAUUCUUCAAUGAGAUGAUAAGCAAUGGGGUUUCCCCCACUAUCACCACCUAUAACACCUUAAUCAAUGGGCUCUGCAAGAAAGGGAGGUUGGAAGAAGCAAGGUCGCAAUUUGAUGGGAUUUUGAGCAAUAAUUUAACUCCUGAUAUAAUUUCUUUUAACAGUCUGAUAUAUGGGUACUGUCACGAAAAAAAAUUAGAGGAGGCCUUCUGGUUGUUUGAUGAAUUAAGAAGGAAACAUCUCAUGCCCACAAUUAUAACCUAUAACACUCUCAUCUAUGGCCUCUGCCAAGUUGGGGCCUUGGAGGAGGCUAAAAGAGUGAUGCAUGAGAUGGUCAUUGGGGGGUGUUUUCCUGAUACUCUUACAUAUACGGUUCUUAUAAAUGGGUACUCCAAAGCUGGUGAUUUGAUUAUGGCAAGGAAGUUUUUUGAUGAGAUGGUUGGUAAUGGAAUGCAUCCCGAUUGUUAUGCAUACACUACUCUAAUUGAUGGUGAGAUUAGGUCAGGCUUUGUGGCCCAAGCUUUCCACUUAAAGGAUGAGAUGGUUGAGAAGGGAAUCUCGCCAAAUGGAAUUACAUAUAAUGUAUUGUUAGGUGGUGUUUGCAGGUGGGGUAGUUUACAUGAAGCAUAUGGACUUUUGCAAAAGAUGGUGCAAGAUGGUUUUGUUCCAGAUUCUGUGGCAUAUACUUCACUAAUUUGGGGAAACUGCCAAAAAGGGGAGCUUAGAGAAGCGAGGGAGCUCUUUGGCGAAAUGAAGUGGAGGGGAUUAUCCCCAUCCAUUGUUACUUACACGGUAUUGAUCCAUGCUCAUGCGGCUGAAGGUAGGCUAUAUAUGGCCUUUAGAUUUUUCUUUGAGAUGAUUGAGAGUGGGUUAUCACCAAAUGAAAUCACUUACAAUGCUUUGAUAAAUGGUCUUUGCAAAGAGGGACGCAUAGACCAGGCUUAUAGCCUCUUCUAUGAGAUGGAAGGAAAGGGAUUAUCCCCCAAUAAAUACACUUAUACUUUGUUGAUGGAUGAGAAUUGCAACAUGGGUAAUUGGCAGGAAGCUAUUAGAUUGUAUGCCGAAAUGUUGGGGAGAGGUCUUGAGCCUGAUUCUUGUACUCAUGCUGUAUUGUUUAAGCGAUUAAGAAAGGACCACAAAAUCCAUGCUAUUCGGGUUUUGGUGAAUGAAGUUCUCAGUAGUGAAAUGGUUGCCGAGAAAUUUUGUGAGGAGUGAUGAGUGGGGUGACUCUUCAAACCAUGACUAUAGCAACUUUUUGGCUGCUAUACUAAUGAAUAAGUUGAAUUUGAUGUAACAUUCCGCUUGUUAGCCUCUCAUUGGUUCGAGUGUUGCUCUUGUAUCAACAUUUGAAUCACUCCAUGAGGAGGUAUGGUUUGGAUAUCUUCGGUGCUUCAUGCCAAAUGGAGUAUCUUAAUGCUGCAAAUUUAAGGAUAUCCUUCCAUCUCUGAAAGUUUUCUCAACUCUUAUGCAUGCAUGUAGUGUGAUGUUUGAUGAUGUUGCAAAGAUUAUGUGCUUACUCUGAGGUUGGGGGUGACUGCUGGUUCUUGAGGGGCAUGAGGGGGCAAGAAAAAGAUGCAACUGUCAAAAACAUGAGCUAUGCUCCUGGGGAAAGGCAAUGAAGGAAUUCCACUUAGCAUCUGCUGCCUGCCUGGAUGAUGGAUGGUGGAUAAGUGUAGUGGGCAUGACGUUCAUGCUCAUGUGCAAUUACUUGUUGGCAUCUACUAUCAGGAAUGGAUGUUGGAUGGCUCUUAUUGAGUACCAUGUACCACACUCAGUUGGAUAAUGAUAUAUUCUUUUGACCUUUUUGUAAUACAAAUGCUGAGGGUGGUUUGAUUUGAUAAUCACAAUUGUGGAACAGUAGUAGAAUGUAGAAAAUAACUCGAGACUGAUAUUAUGAUCUAGGAUUACGAAAAGAACAACUGGGGGAGGGAAGGGUCUAGGCCCCACUAUUUUGUGUUAAAUGUAUUUUAGGACAGAAACAGCCUAACUAUUAUACCCAAAAGAUUGUACA